AUGUCCAGCCUCCAAGCUGUCCGCUACUCUCGCGGCAGGCUCGAGGUCCUUGACCAACUUCGCCUACCUCACGAGUUCCACUAUGACCAAGUCUCAACCCGCCAGGAAGCCUUCGACAGCAUCGCCUCCAUGAGAACCCGUGGUGCUCCGGCCAUCGCCAUCGUCGCCAGUCUGGGGCUUGCAGUCGAACUUUUCAACGGUCCCGUAGCCGCUGAAACGCCUCAACAAGUCAUCGCCUACAUCGACGGAGCCCUCGACUUCUUGAAGCAGAGUCGUCCCACCGCCGUCGAUCUGACCAAUGCCAUUAACCAGCUCAAGGCGCGCAUACGAACGUCUGGCGAAGACAAGGCGUCUAUUAUCCAAGCAUUCAUUGAAGAAGCUGAAAAAAUCUUCCAAAAAGACCUCGAAACGAACCUUGCCAUUGGAGACUACGGCGCCGAAUGGCUCAGGGUGCAUGUUGGCGCCACGUCGGAUAACACUGUUUCCGUCCUCACGCACUGCAACACCGGCUCUUUGGCUACAUCCGGCCAUGGCACAGCGCUGGGCAUAAUUCGAACCCUGCGGGCCAAUGGCCAACUUGGACAUGCGUUUUGCACCGAGACCAGGCCAUACAACCAGGGCAGUCGCCUCACUGCCUUUGAGCUGGUCUACGAAGGCAUCCCUAGCACCCUCAUAGCUGAUUCCAUGGCCGCAUCGCUAUUUCGCACCAAAAAGGCUGAAAAGAACAUUGUGGCUGUCAUUGUCGGCGCCGACAGAGUUGUUCGCAACGGCGACACUGCCAACAAGAUUGGCACAUACCAACUGGCAGUGCUCGCGAAGCACCACGGCAUCAAGUUUUUGGUCGCGGCGCCGACUACCAGCAUCGAUCUGGAGACGGAGACUGGCAAUGGCAUCAAGAUCGAGGAGCGCAAGCGGGAGGAGUUGACGCAGGUGACUGGUGCUGUUAUCAAGUCGGAUGGAAGUGUGGACGAGAGCACAAAGGUCAGGGUCGCCACUGCUGAUCAGAGAAUUGAAGUGUGGAAUCCUGCGUUUGAUGUUACGCCGGCCGAGUUUAUCGAUGCCGUGGUGACUGAAAAGGGAGCCGUUGAAAAGGGAGCCGAUGGGAAGUUUGACUUUAGCGAGAUAAUGCCAGAACGGUGGGCAAAGGCCGUUGGGCCGUGA